AUGGCUCGGGCUGUGAGCAAUAUGUGGGAACGGUACUGCCUGCGUGCUGCUAGUGAGUCCACUGCCACGCUGCUGCCCGUCUUUCUGUACGGAACAGCUUGGAAGAGAGACCGCACGGCGGAUCUUGUCUACACGGCAAUCAACACCGGCUUCCGGGCCAUUGAUACAGCUGCACAGCCUCGUCAUUAUCAAGAGGCUCUAGUCGGGGAUGGAAUCCGCAGGGCGAUUGCAGAUGGGCUAGUCCAAACCAAAUUUAGCCCACUGUCGGCGCAGGAUCCGGAAAAUAUGCCGUAUGACCCCCAGGCAUCGGUGACGGACCAGGUCCAUGCAUCGGUCAGGUCAUCCCUGCAUAAUCUCCGCCCCCAUGCGGGUGCGCAGAGUGCAGAUGUUGCUUACCUUGACACGGUGGUUCUGCAUUCCCCCCUGCCUACCCUCAACCAGACCCUGGAAGCCUGGCGAGCAUUGGAGACCUAUGUGCCGCAUCGCAUCCGCAACCUGGGUCUCUCAAAUUGCUCGUUGCCUCUCUUGGAAGCGCUGUUUACCUCCGCAUUGACGGUGAAGCCGGCGGUGGUACAGAAUCGGUUCUAUGAGGACACUCUGUUUGACAAAGAUCUCCGGAUCUUUUGUGGCGAGCAUCAAAUCAUCUAUCAGAGUUUCUGGACCUUGACGGCGAAUCCAGAGCUAGUGCAGUCUGGCCCCGUACAGAAACUCGCCAAUCUACUCCAGAUUACCCCUGCGGCCUCGUUAUACACUCUUGUCAUGGGACUGGGCAACAUAGUAGUCCUUAAUGGUACGAAGAACCAAAGUCGCAUGCUCGAGGAUCUCGCUGCUCCGUUGAAAGUGGAAGAGUUUAGUCGGAGAUACCGGGUUCAAUGGGAGGAGUUGUUGGCAGGGUUUCGGGCGGUAAUUGGGGAUCCAAAUCCUUAA